CUGCCCUGCUCUGCCCUGCUCGGCUCUGCUCUGCCCAGCUCAGCUCAGCCCUGCUCUGCCCUGCUCAGCUCUGCCCUGCCCUGCUCAGAUCAGCCCUGCCCUGCUCUGCCCUGCUCGGCUCUGCUCUGCCCAGCUCAGCUCAGCCCUGCUCUGCCCUGCUCAGAUCAGCCCUGCCCUGCUCUGCCCUGCCCGGCUCUGCCCUGCCCAGCUCUGCCCUACCCUGCGCUCAGACCCCUUCCCUCCUGGGCAGUGCAGGGGGCCAUGGAGCAGGGCUGCAGCCUCGUGGAGGACUUCCCACUCAACGUGUUCUCUGUCACUCCCUACACACCCAGUGCGGCUGACCUGCAAGUGUCGGAUGACGACAAGGCAGGGGCCACCUUGCUGUUCUCAGGCAUCUUCCUGGGGCUGGUGGGGAUCACCUUCACCAUCAUGGGCUGGAUCAAGUACCAGGGCGUCUCCCACUUUGAGUGGACCCAGCUCCUCGGGCCCAUCCUGCUGUCGGUGGGGGUGACCUUCAUGCUCAUAGCCGUGUGCAAGUUCAAAAUGCUGUCCUGCCAGCCGUGCCGGGGGCGGGGGGAGCGGGGCCUGGACUUGGAGCAACUGGCCGGGGGACAGUCGUUCGUCUUCACCGGGAUCAACCAGCCUAUCACCUUCCACGGGGCCACGGUGGUGCAGUACAUCCCCCCGCCUUACGGCUCUCAAGAGCCUGCCGGCAUGAGUGCCACCUUCCUGCAGCCGGCGGGGAGCCCCCGUGGCCUCCAAAUGCCGGGAGGGGUGGCCGCGGCCGUGCCGAGCCCCCCACAGUACUACACCAUCUACCCUCCGGAGAACGCCGCCUUUGUCGGCGACCGGGACCGCUGCGGCCUUGCGGAAGGCAGAGAGGACAGGGCCGGCCCUGACAUCCAGCCGCUAGAAGAGACGCCACUGGGAGGCGAGGGUUCUGUCUGCUUCUCACCUCCGCCUUACGAGGAAAUAUUUGUCCUUCCUCACUAGACAGCAGCUCUGGUGUCCAGGGACAGCACUCAGGCCCUUUGAUGAUGGAUGAUGGCAACGUCCUAGGCUGUGGCUUCAGGGGUCAGCAGAGUAGCUCCGGAGACCUGACCUGCCAUUCCAGACAGGAAAGCGGGAAGUGGGAGAAGAAAUGUCCGGGCGGGGAGGCACCAGGCUGCCGGGGUGGGACCCUUUCCUCUGCAGCUGGGAGCCCCGCUAGAGCUCAGGAAGGGGCCCCACUGCUCGACCCAUCAGUUGCCCUUUCCCUACAGCAAGGCACCUGUGCCUUGUGUGAGUGUGUGUGUGAGUGUGUGUGUGAGUGUGUGUGUGAGUGAGUGUGCAUUUGUGUGUG